UACGCUUCGUUCCUCUCUCCAUCACCCGUGGGUCCAUUCAUACCAAUUCGCUCGUUUCUCAUAAAUAUUCAUCAAAUUUGUCGUCCAAUGAAAUUAGCCGUUAUAGUUAAGCAGAACUCUCCUGUUUUAAAGGUAGAAAUACUGUUACCUCGAAUGAAGAACAAUGGCUGCGCCCAGUAACAAAAACCAUAUUUUAUUAUAUCGCCGUACUUACUUAUCCACAUCGUCAUUUACAAACCAGGAACAAUAUUAAAAUUGUUUUGCAUUUGUGACAUCGGAGGAUUAUGUGUAAUAUGUGUGAUAAAAUGUAGAAUUAGUGUAACAACAAUGGCUGCGCCUAGUAGUAAGUCCUGUGUUAUAUGCGGUAAAAUUAUAAAUGACCGCUCCUACAGGUCCCUGUCAUCAUACACAAGUCAGGAACAAUACCAUGAAGUAUUAAAAUUACUGUGUAUUGCCGAUAUCAAAGGUUUUGCGUGCAAUAUGUGUGCGAACAAGUUAAACCGAGUGCAAAAACUGAAUAAUGACCUAAAAACACGGUUAGUGUGCAUUAAAGAAGAACGAGAUAAGAUCGUAUCGACUUUAAAAGAUAUGCCAGGAAUUCGGAAUCAUGUACUUUCUGAAAACAUUUCCACGCCUAAGGGGACAAAACGUGUGAUCGGUACUUUAAAACUUACCCCAACUCCCAAAUCAAAGGUGAAGAAAGGCUUGUUCGUCAGUCCUGCUUCUUCAAGCAAAAAACGAUUAUACCACUUAAAUGUUGUUAAUCCUGGUUGUUCAAGUCGGACAAGUCCUCUAAAAGUUGAACCUUUAAAGUGCCAGGGCAUCAAGAAGGUUGAUAAAUCUUCACAAACUAAAGACCAGUCAGAAGAGUUUGAUGUCAAGAUAGUGGUGAGGUACAAUGGCGUGGAGAGGGUAAAGAUCAUAAGAGAUGAACAUGAACAGGCAGCACUGAAAUCGCUACUCAACAAUUCCUCCUCAAGAGCUGUGAUGCGAAAUUUCAGCAAGAAUAAAGAAUACAGUAAAGAAAUGCUUGACAUUGUAAACAAUACUAUCCAGAAUGAAAUAAGAGUGAUUUCUCAAAAAGACAGUGUGGUGUUCAAAGGACAUGCAUCAAAUAAUGAAAAACUGUUAAAAUUUGAUUGGAAAUUGACAAGCCAAGAUCUGCAGUUGAAGGCACCCUACCUGUUUUCAGUUUUCAGCAGUGCUAUUUCUUUGCAAGAGAAGAAAAACCUACCACAGAUGCUUUCGUCCAUAGCUGUUCUUUUGUACGGGAGGUCACAGACCUCCAAUCAGCUGCAGUACAUACUUGGUUUAACUCUUCAGAAAUGUGGCCUGAACAGAGAGGGAAUGAAUAUCAUUCAUGACCUGGGAAUGGCAAUUUCCCCCACAAGUCUACAUAAGAAAACAAAGGAACUUGUGAAGCAGCAAGAAAAUCAGAUACAUUCAUUGAUGACGUCCUAUGUAGAGAAGGUUGAAAGGAGUCAUAUUACGGGAAAUGAAAAUGGUGCAGAGAACGAAAUGGAUACUGGUGCAGUUAACGAAAAGCAGCGACCAAUUGAAAUACUAGGUGACAAUCUAGAUAUUACAAUUACCCCUUCUAAAAUGAGCUUGCAAAACCAAAGGAAAAGUUUACACUGGUUUCUAGUUUUGGUUAAAGAGAAACAAAUCACUUUUGAGGAAUCUAAAGUCCCCUUUGAACCACCUGUAGAUUUUGCAGCAUUGAAUACUGUAAACUGGAUCCCAUCAAGUGAACAGUUAAAUUCUUUAAUGUCCAGUUUCAAAUUUCAUGUAGCUAGUGUACUUAUGCGUUAUAUUCCAUACUUACAAUUGCAUAUAACAAGUUUUCCCAAGCAUAUUGAGCACAUGUACAUGGAUCAGGUGAAAAAGAAAUCUGUUUUUCUGAACUGCGAUUUGAUAGAUGCCAGUGAGAAUAGUGCUCAGGGUAUGAUAGAAAUUCUUGAAAAAAUUCAUCAACUUGCUGUUCCGCAUGUUAGGGAUAAUCUAGACAAGAAUGUUUUGGAAAAGGUAGUUUUUGGUGGGGAUGUCUUGACGAAUGAAAGGGCAUUCAGUGCCCAAGCUGCAAUGCAGAACAGCCCCUCUGAGUUCGAGGCCCUAUUAGGUGUCAUUCACAGACCAGAGGGCCUACAUAGAGAAAUGAAUUUCCUUUUGGUAUAGUGUAUCAAAUUUGGGAGUUGACAGUUUGGAGUUAUAUUUAAAAUAACAGUUGUUAUUUCAAAAAGUC